AUAAAAAUGUGUUAAAAGGGUCAUACAUGCUCUAAAACUCUCCAUCUUCCCCAUUACCAAAAUCUUAAAUCGCAAUACAUAAGAGAUUUAAAAAAAAAAUCUUAAAGAAGUGUAGUCUCUGGGGGUUUUUCACAUCACUUGUAAUACCUUCUUUUUGCUUGGUUUUUAUUCAAGCCUUACCAUUCAGACUACAAAAAUGACAAAAACUUUGAAAAGCUCUCCUUUUUUAUUCUGAUUUCAUUCUCUUGCACCCUUAUUUUCCUUCUUUUUUUUUAAAAAAAAAAAAAAAAUUCCAUUUAGGAGCAGUAGUACUACCAGUGAGGCCAAGAUGGCUCAGGGGUCAUCAGCUCCUUUGAAUAUUCCUGACUGGUCAAAGAUUUACAGAAACAGUACUGCAAAGAAAGGUGAUGAUGUUUAUGGCUAUGGGGAUUAUUAUGAUGUUGUUGAUGAUGAUGAAAUGGUGCCUCCACAUGAAUAUAUAGCUAGGAAGCUUGCAAGAAGUCAGGUUUCUUCUUUCUCCAUGUGUGAAGGGAUUGGAAGGACACUCAAAGGAAGAGACCUCAGCAAAGUGAGGAAUGCGGUUUUAACCAAGACUGGUUUCCUAGAAGAGUAAUGUUAUUGAGGCCUAAGAGUUUGAACGAUCCGUAUCCAGUCUUCGACUUUGUAUAUUGUUCAAACUCUUUGACUGUAAAAUUAAUAUCGUUCUUA